AUGGCGCCAGCUCCCAUAAGCGUCUCUGCGCACGCUCGCCUGUCCUACCUCGCCCUCUACUCCAUCCGCCGAACCUUCACCACAACCACCUCCCGAUGCUCGUCCGGCCAGUUCAAUCGCUCGGACUUUGGGGGGCAGCCGUUCACAGGCGUCUACGAGCCUGGGGGGCCUACCAUAGGACCUCUGGGGGGGACGAGCAACGUCGGCGCCCCUCGAAUCACUCCCAAGGCGCUCAAGCACCACCUUGACCAGUUCGUCGUAGGACAAGAGAGGGCAAAGAAGGUGCUCAGUGUCGCGGUAUACAACCACUAUCAGCGGAUACAGGAGCUAGAGAGACGAGACGAAGAAGAGGCCGAGCUACAUGCGCAGCAAGCCCGGCGAGAGAUGGGGCAGAGACACCCAGUAGAGGAUGAGUUUCCCGGUCAGCAACCAACUAUAAACCUCUACCCACCACCAAACUACCAAUCCUUCCCUCCACCGCCCGAGUCGAGCCCCAUCCUCGACACCACGCCACUUACCAUUGAGAAGUCCAACAUCCUCUUACUCGGCCCUUCUGGUGUCGGCAAAACACUGAUGGCCAAGACCCUCGCCCGCGUCCUCGAGGUCCCCUUCUCAAUGUCCGACUGCACGCCCUUCACACAAGCCGGAUACAUAGGCGAAGACGCCGACGUGUGCGUACAGCGCCUUCUGGCAGCCGCAGACUACGACGUUGCGCGCGCCGAACGCGGCAUCAUCUGCCUUGACGAGAUCGAUAAGAUCGCUGCGGCUAAGGUGGCGCAUGGGAAAGACGUCUCCGGCGAAGGCGUACAACAAGCUCUACUUAAGAUAAUCGAAGGCACAACCCUCCAGAUCCAAGCAAAAGCCGAGCGCGGUGCCGGCGGCAGUGGACCCGGCAGCGGGCGCACAACCCCAGGCGGCGGCUUCCCAUCUCACGGCCCACUAGGCGGCGGUGGCCUCGGUGGCGGCAACAUGAACCCCCUAUCCCCCGGCGGCGCGAAGAACGAAGUUUACAACGUGCGCACGGACAACAUCCUCUUCAUCUUCACGGGCGCCUUCAUCGGCCUGCACAAAAUGAUCCUCGACCGCAUCUCGCGCGGCAGCAUCGGCUUCGGGGCCCACGUCCGCGCCUCGAGCCCGGAGACAGGGACCCAUGACACGAUGCUGCGAGGCGAAGACGCGCUCUUCAAGAAGCACCUCCCCUUCUACGUGCCCGAGACACACAGCCCGCAGCACCAGCCCAGCAGUAGCGGCAGCAGUCCCGGCUUCCCCCACCACACCACCGCCGCCUCCUCCUCCGGCGGCAAAGACCCCCAGGACGAACCCCUCUACAACACCCUCGACCUCGUCGAGCCCUCCGACCUCCAGAAAUACGGCCUGAUCCCCGAGUUAAUCGGCCGCAUCCCCAUCUCCUGCGCUCUGUCCCCGCUCUCCGCCUCCGCGCUCGUGCGCGUCCUCACCGAACCCCGCAACUCGCUGCUCAAGCAGUACGAGCAGCUCUUUCAGCUCUCAGGUAUCGAGUUGCGCUUCACGACCGCCUCCCUGCACGAAGUCGCGCGCGUGGCCAAGGAUAUGGGGACCGGCGCCCGCGGGCUACGAACCGUGCUGGAGCGGCUGCUCGGAGACGCGAUGUUUGAGGCCCCCGGGAGUGGGAUCAAGUAUGUGCUUGUGACGGAGGGGGUCGCGAGGAGGGAGGCGGCGCCGAUGUAUUUUGCACGCGGGGAUCGGCAUCGGUUCCAUGCGACGAUUGCGGCGGAGGAGGAGGCGUGGGAGGCGAAGUUGUUAGGCAAGGAGGAGGUCAAGAGGGGCGCGGUUAGGGAGAGUCCGCAGAGCUUUGAGGAGUAUCGGCAGAAGGCUGCCGGGGGGUUUGUGUGA